AUGCAGGAUGAAGAGCCACAUGAGGCUCCGGAGCCGCGGGUUGCCUACCCCUGGCCUAGUUGUUGAGGCAGGGCUGCUGUCAGGAAUCAUGGACCUGAUAUUAAUAGGCCUGGUCACACUCUGAUCUGAUGAAUCCUGUCUCUAAUCCACCCUUUAGUGAAGCCCCCACCCUUCAUUACAAUCCAGGCUCCCACUUUCAACUGAACUCCUGACAGUACUCCUGCCUGCCUCCCUCCCCUUGAUGGUAGCCUUGGGUUCAAAGGACAAAUAUUUCUGGAAGCAUGGCCAUCUGAACUUGGAUUACUACAGCAUAGCAGGAACAACUCAUUAUCCUCACAACCUGGACAGAAAUUAAAAAGAAUAGGUAUUCUACAACAAUAUUGUCUAGACUUUUCUUAAAGCUUAAAUAUAUUUUAAAGAGAUAGUGCUAGAACCUGGUAACACAACAAUUACAUUGUCAAUCAUUAACAAUCCUUCCAAAUGGCAGAGGUGAUUCAACUCAGAAAAUCUGUGGAAUGUUUCAGGACAGGAGAGGUAACAGAAGAGAGAAAACAUGAGCGUGUACAAAUUCUGCAUUCUCCUGCUUUGCCAUUGGUUUUGCUUUGCACAAGAGAAUGGCUGUGACCUGCCGGUUGUGGAAAACGGAAAAAUAGCACAGUACUACUAUGUUUUCAAGAAGUUUUAUUUUCCAAUGAAAGAAGGGAAGAAGCUUUCUCUGUCUUGUGCAGCUGGAUACUCCACUCAGUCUGGAAAGCAAGAGGAACAAAUCACUUGCAAAGGAGUAGCUUGGGAACCUGCCUCCUUGUGUUUCAAGAAGUGUAUCAAACCCUCCCUGAAUCAUGGGAAUGUGCAUAACCCCAAAGACUCAUAUAAGUUCCUGGAAAGAGCUCAUUAUAGUUGUUUAGAAGGAUACGUCACUGUAAGUGGAAACCAAACUGAGGAAGUUCAGUGUUUAGCAAAUGGAUGGUCUUCUCAGCCAGAAUGUCAUCAAAUAUCUGAUGGUUGUGAAGCUCCUCGUCUGUAUAAUGGACACUACACCACCACAAAGAGAGCUUUCCAUGUAAAAGAAAUACUGCAGUACCAAUGUGAUGAAGGCUAUGGAACUCCAAGUGGCAGGACUGCAGAUGAGACUGAAUGCCUCCUCAGAGGAUGGUCCUCGGUGCCACAAUGCACAAAACAAAGCUGUAAAGAGUUGCAGCCUGUGCAAAAUGGUGGCUUUUAUCCUGUGAAAGCAAUGUAUGUGGAUAGAGAUGUGGUCCAAUUCUUCUGCACAGAAGGCUAUAUACUGAGAGACUCCGAACUAAUACAGUGCUAUUCCUUUGGGUGGUACCCUGAACCCCCUUCCUGUGAAGAGAAAAGCAAUAAGUGCCCUCCUCCACCCAGACCUGCACACAUUAUCCUGCUCACAGACCCAGCUGUACAUCGCAAUGGGGACAGUGCUCGUUAUGAGUGUGACUAUAAUUACAUGUUAAUUGGUUCUGAGGAGAUCUACUGUGAGAAUGGUCGUUGGACAGCUCCCCCUAGUUGUGUUGAACUGAAAGAAAAACUAAAAUGUGCCCCACCGCCUUAUGUAGAGAAUGGAGAGGUGAUGCUGCAAGCAGAGGUUUACUAUAGUGGUGACAGGGUUAACUUCCAGUGUGCAGAAGGGUAUGAAAUUCAGGGAUCAAGUGAAAUUAUCUGCAAAAUGGGCAAAUGGCCAGAACCUCCUAAAUGCAAAGCGAAGAGUGACUUCUGUCAGAUUCCUCCACCACUCACAAAUGGAGAGCUUAUUGACCUUCCUUCUCUUAGCUACAAAAAUAGUGAAUCAGUGGAAUACAGGUGUAAAAGCUAUCACCUUAUGGAGGGACCUAAGACUGUUAACUGCACACAUGGGAAAUGGACUGAACUACCAACAUGUUUAGAACCAUGCACCGUGAGCGUUGAUCUGAUGAGACAAAGGAAUCUUGAGCUUAAAUGGAGUUUUGAGAUGGAUACCUACUUCCUGCAUGGGGAUAUGAUUGAGUUUGUAUGUAAAGAUGACUUGGAUAUGUCAGAGCAUCCUGAAGGACUAAAGGGAAUGUGUCAAAGGGGAAAUAUUCGAUAUCCAACUUGCAGCAGAAAAGAUAAACUGAACGCCUGUGGUCCACCUCCUCUUGUUAAAAAUGGCAGAGUGCUUGCACCUCAGGAGAACUAUGAGUCAGGUUCUUCGGCUGUGUAUAUGUGCUCAGAGCAUCACUUCUUGAAUGGUUCCAACACUGUUCAAUGCUCAGAUGGAGACUGGGACCAUCCGCCAACUUGUAUAGAGCCGUGUGUCUUAUCCAAAGAAGAGAUGGAGAGAAACCAGAUACGUUUAAGAUGGAGUUUUGAUAACAAGGAUUACUUUUACCAUGGAGAGUAUAUUGAGUUCUUAUGCAUAGAUGGGCACGAGAACACCAGUCCUACCAUCAUGUUUUCCCUUAGAGCUCAGUGCAGCGACGGACAGAUUAAAUAUCCAAAAUGUGUGCUGAGAGCCAGGUAGCCUUUAAAUAGUACUGUGCUCACUGGUGUUUAAUUCUACACAUUUAGGGGCAUAUUUAUCAAGGGUCGAAUUUCGAGGUGAUGGGAGUUUUUUUAAACUCCCAUCACCUAAA